AUACUCAAUUCAGAGGGAAAUAGAUAAAGUCAAAUACAGAGGGAGCAACAGAAGAGAGGAGGUCGUAAUGUCCAGGUUAAGAAUUGGUCACAGUCAUUUAAAUAGCACUCUACAUAUCAUUGGAAAACAUUCAUCCGGUCUUUGUGAGAUAUGCAAUCUAGCAGAAACAGUUGAACAUGUAGUUAUUAAAUGUAGAAAGUAUGUAGCACAUAGACAUAAUAUGAUGUCAGAAAUGGAGAGAGAGGGACUCGUAAGAAGAGAUUUCAAAAGUAUUUUGGAGUGUGGGGAGAGAGGGAGAGGCCGAAGAUGCUUGUUUAAAUAUCUCUUGAGAACAGGUUUAUUGAGGAGGAUUUAGGAAUGUGAGUAAUAAUUAAAUCCAGCAGAUGGCAGUAAUGCAACUUUUUGGAUGCCAGCUGCCAAUAAAAUCCAAAGAAGAAGAAGAAGAGUUGAUAGGGGGGCAGGUGUGGCUCUCCAUGCCUGUACAGUAACAUGGCGGUCUGAUGCAGGCGGAAUGUGACUUUCAGCAACCCUUAAAUCAGCGGGACCAGCGCGGGUGGUGUUUACAUUUUGCAGCUCAAUAAAUAAAAACGCCUGGAUAUAGGGGUCGGGUGUGUCUAUACAGCUCCGGUGACGGUCAACGGUGCCCAUCCAGGAAGUAGCGGAGUUUGGGACUCGAUCCCCGGUGGUCGGAUUCUUACCUUCCUGUGCUCGGUGCGCGGCGUUUCAGCCUUCACCACCGAGCAGCAAGUCCCAAGCUCAGUCAGGGCUGAAACAGAAAGCAAAGAGUCAGAAAAAAAACUUGCUCCACACAUGAGGAGGCAUCUGAGGGACGACUGCAGCACCAGCCCAGGGCCAAUGGAUCCCAUUGACUCUGGACAAGGGCAAGAGAACCCGUCAGAGCAGAAUUCUGAUUUAACACCCAGCUCCAGAGGACGACAGCGCAAGAAAAAUCCCAAAUAUCAGGAUUAUGAAACCGAAGACUCGUUGGAUGAGAAGAAAACAACAGGCAGAAAAAGCUCAGGAGAAGGUGCAGCUUCUAAAAGGACUCUGGCAAAGAGGCGAAAAGCUGAGAAUGACCCAGAACUGCCCGAAAAUGACGUAGAAAAUGAAGCCAAUCACAAAACACCUCAAGAGCCGGAUGAAAUAACGGCAAAGGAAACGCCUAAAAAGGUUGUUAGAGCCAAGAAGACCCCGACAAAAAGGACUCCUGGUAGAAAAAAAAAAGAUGAGACUCCGAACACUGAUGUGGCGCUCCCACAUUUGGAAGGUGGAGUGGCAGAUUCGGCGCAGCAGGAGAACGGGAUGCCGAAGCCGAAGAGAAAAUAUGUGAAGAAGCAGCGUGCGCAGGUAAUCGCAGAACCACCGCCAUGUGCAGCUCUGAGUGAACCCGAGGAGGAGAUCCAGCCAGGGGGGCGGCGCAGGAGAGCUGCUGCUAAAGAGGCUUUGAAGUACCUCCACAAUUUAGCUAAAGAAGCACUCGCUCAUCCCGGAGAUGAGACAGCGUCCCAGCCGGGAGCCGAUAGCGAUGUCGCCAGCACAGAACCAGACCCCAAAGAGAAGGGGAAACGUCUCAAAGGAAGUAAAGAUGUCCAGCAGCUGUUGGUGAGUAAAGAAGAACUUCCACCUGAGCAGCAGGAGUGGAGCCACAUUCUGGACCAGGAGGACACUAAGCCCCAACACAUUAAAGAAGAACAUGAGGAACUGUGGAGCAGUCAGGAGGAAGAACAGCUUCAAGGACUGGAGGAGGCUGAUACCACCAAGUUCCCCUUCACGCCUGUCUCUGUGAAGAGUGAAGAUGAUGAAGAGAAACCUCAGUCCUCACAGCUUCAUCAGAGACAAACUGAACAGAUGGAAACAGGAGUUGAUGGAGAGGACUGUGGAGGAGCAGAUCCAGAGAGACGUUUACAACCAGAGACUGAGGUCGAGACUGAAGACUCUUAUGAAGCUGAGACUGAUGACAGUGAUGAUUGGCAAGAGACAGGAGAACAUCUGUCAGAAUUAAACUUGAAAAAUAAGAAACUAAAGACUGGUAAGAGACCACACGAAGCAAACACUUUUAUUUACACAACCUCUUCUGCUGGUGAUUGA